AUGCCCUUCCUCACCGUCUAUCGCGCCCAGCUCAUCCUCCUCACCGCCCUCUCCAUCCUCGCCGUCGACUUCACCAUCUUCCCCCGCAAGUUCGCCAAGACCGAGUCAUGGGGGAUCUCCCUCAUGGACGCCGGCGUCGGCUCCUUCGUCUUUUCUCUAGGCAUCAUCUCCGCCCUGCCGAUCCUCAAACGCCUCUCCGUCCUCGCCCCGCAACCGCUGUUGAUCGAGCUGUGGCAAAGCACGCGCAAGACCGUCCCGCUCUGUCUCCUGGGGCUCAUCAGGAUCGUCUUCGUCAAGGGCGUCGAUUAUCCAGAACAUGUGUGCGAAUACGGCGUCCAUUGGAACUUCUUCUUCACCCUGUCCAUCCUCCCCCUGACGGGCGUAUUACAUAGCACGGCGGCUCUUCGAGGCCUCGCGGGCCAACCUAGCCUUGAUCGGCGUCCUGAUCGCCAUAGUCAAGCCGGAGUUCAAGAGUACGUGAUGUCGUCGACGCCGCGGACGACGUUUAUCUCGGCGAACCGGGAAGGGCUGGCAAGCAUGCCGGGAUACAUGGUGAUCUACGUGCUGGGCCUCUCGGCAGGGACUUACGUGCUCCCGCCGUCGCCGGACUUCCUCGCCCGGCUGCUUCGGCGCCAGACGGCCUCGCGCAAGCUGCUCAUCCGCCAGCCGGGGAAAGCGUUGGUGGUCUACUCGAGCUGGACGAUUAUCUGGUGGAUGUUGUUCUUCCUCUGCGACGCCUUCGUCUCUGCCCCCUCACGAAGACUCGCUAAUCCUACCUACUGUUUCUGGAUCGCCGCCACUAAUCUCUCCUGGAUCACCGGCCAUGCGCUUGUCCACGAAGUCCUCCUGCCCCACUCAUCCAAGCCGCCUGCGUCUAUAGAAGAGCCAACAAACAUCCCGUUGACCUUCGAGAUCAUCAACCGGAACAGUCUGGCCAUCUUCCUCUUCGUGCGUCCCUUUCUCUCUUCCCCUCGGAAACCUGAAUAUUGA